AUGGCUUCCCUACUACCCAGAGAGUGCUGCACUACAGGAAUUGAGCAUGACGGAACUCCAAACGGGACCAUCGAAAAUAUCGAAAACGUACCAACAUAUUUCGCUCAUCCCGCUAGUCCUAAUGGCAACGCAAUCCUCAUAUUCAGCGAUGUCUUUGGUCCGAUCUACCAAAACAUCCAGCUUAUGGCAGACGACUUCGCCGCGCAAGGUUACGUAACCGUGGUUCCCGAUCUCUUCAAGGGCGAUCCUCUGAGCCCGGAACCGUUUUAUACUGGCAAAGUGAAGAAGUUGGGUUAUUGCUUCGGUGCUAAGCACGUAGUCGGCAAUUUGAAAAAUGACCGCCUUGAUGCUGGCUACGUAGCCCAUCCCUCAUUCGUCACCUCCGAUGAGCUCUCAGCUCUCAGCAAGCCCUUGUUCAUCGGCGCAGCUGAAAUUGACACCAUCUUCACUUCCGAGAAGCGUUCCGAGUCUGAGAAGAUCCUCGCUGAUCUCAAGGCCCCGUACCAGAUUAAUCUUUAUGGGGCAGUGUCACAUGGCUUCGCGCUCAGGGGAGAUUUAUCGAUCAAGGAAGUGAAGUUUGCAAUGGAUCGGGCUUUUGAGCAGGCUGUCACUUGGUUUAAGUAUUGGCUUUAA